GGGGGCUAAACAUGCUACAAACUCAGAGGAAGGAAAUUUGUUGUAUAGUUUUAAGUACAAUUUGUGAACCAAGGCUCCCCAGCCCCCGCUCCUGUGGUCCCAGCCUCUACAAAAAUAUUCGAUUGUGUCAGUGAAACAAUUAUAAUUCCAUUACCACCAUUAUUGCUCGAAAAGUACUUGAGUAUCCAUGUUUCCACUAUUUCGUGCCACCCGCAAAAUUUGCGGUACCAAAAACUUGUUCGACUUUUCUUUUUCCUAAGUAGCAGGUUUCUUGAAGAUUUUGUUUCCAAUUAUUAGAAAAAUCCAGCUUGAUUUCAGACUGUAGUCAUUGGAUACUGCACCCUCCACGAAAUGGCAAAGACUGACUGAACUGUCCUGUGCUAUUAAGUUCCCAGGAAACGUCUGGAUGGACUAAAUCUCCAGCCAGUCUGGUCUGCCUUUUACAGCAAGUGCUGUCCGUAGACGUGGGCCUUCUCCUCGCCUGCCAGUCACGUGCAUGGAUGAUAACAAAUCGAUGACGAUAUCCCCCUAACAGGAUGAUAGGCAGCAUCUGGUGUGAGCUUUGUCUUCUUGCUCGGGGCUGGUAUACAUCCGUCUUUGUAAUAAUCGCAGAGCGGCUGAUAGUCGAAGGAAGUCGUUGGAGAGUGACUAGUUAUAGACUGGACUUGAUUUGAUAACUUCUUUUUCGAGCUUACUUGGACAUAGAUACGCGGUCAGACAGUCAAACCAUCAAGAUGGUUUCUAUGGCAGCUGGGGACUCCUUGGUCGUCUGGAGGAGGUGCACACCGUUUUGUGAAAAGUCAGUUGAUUGUCCCGAACACCACGAACUCUUACAAGCAAUUGUAAAUUGUACCGACCAGUUAGGACAUUUAUCAAAUUUGGAAAUAUUGAAGAACUGUGUGGAAAAAUAUGAAUCACUCGGUUGGGAAAAAAACGACGACAUACCUGACCCAGUCAUUUCAAACAGAUAUCCACUUGUCCAUUGGGCAGCAUCUCUGGGUAAAUGUAAUGCUCUAGAAUGGAUGGUACAUAACAAUUUCGACAAGUGCGUAACCGUUACGGGACUUGGCGAAAAUGCUUUGCAUAGAUCUGUGCUUUGCUUAUAUAAAUCAAGAUCUAAGUUUACCGUGAAAGAGUUAAAACCGAAAUUUACGAAGAUUGUUUCACUGCUGUCUCCGUUGCUAUCGAUGUCCGAUGAUGUGAACAGGGACACACCCUUGCAUACGGCUGCAUCGAUGCUUUUAAACACCGAUGUCCGUGUGGGCUUUUUUCAAAUGGUCAUCGAAGUAAUGGCCAGCUUCACCAAUAAGAUGCCUGCUGAAUUAGAUCGAACAGACAUUCUAGACGCAAGAAAUAACGAUGGCGACACGGGAUUACAUAUCCUAGCCGGCGUUGCUGACAGAGGAAAGGCUGAAUAUGCUUGUUCUGCAAUCACGGCAUUGAUACAAGCGAAUGCCGACAAGACCAUUCGAAACAAUGCUGGACAAACACCAUUGGAUAUUGCUAUUGUGAAAGGGUUUGACAACAUCAUCGACGAACUCGUCAAGAUAGGCCCGUCGAAGCCGUUAUCGACCCCUUUGAAGGAUCAUGACAACCGAAAAGCCAGCCAAUCGCCAUGCACCAUGGUGCCAAGUCGCAGAAGCCCUUCCAGGCCAAGUAGCAAUGAGAGUUGCUCAACAGCAGACUCAGUGAAAAAUGGCGGAUUCAAGAAAGGGUCGUCAUCGUCUUUGCAUGAAGACAAGAAUGGAACAGAAAGCAUGUCUCCGGUCGAUGUAAAACAAGAGCCAGGAUCACCAAGCGGUGAUUCGCCUUACCAAGGAGACUUCCCUGAAAGCGAUGUUGCAAACAUGGAUGCAGCAGACCUUUUGAGGAAUGUUUCUGCCAAUUCGACAUUGCUCCAACAUUUGCAAGAGGCUGGCCUGCUUACGGAAGUGUCAUCACUACUUCUUCGAGCAAAAGUCCGUGACGAGGCUCAUCUCAAGAAAAUACAGCAGCAAGCAAAAGAUCUUGAUACGCAGAUUCGAUACAAAAAGCACGAAAUAGAAAAAAUCAACCAAGAAGUCGAACUUUUGUUUGGAAAAAGAAAGAAAUGUGAGGAUGACGCAUCGCAACUUCGAAAAAGACUUAACUCGUGUCAAAAUGCAAUUAAAGAGAUCCCCAGUAAAAAGAGCAACAAUUCAAACUCAACAUAAUUUGCCAAAGGCCUAUUUGAGUAGGGAUUUCAGUACCUGUUCGCAAUCCUGUUCUUCAACCUUUGGGAUAUUCACCAAUUUGGGAUUAUUUUCAAGUACGACUUCACCAAAGGGAUUUUCGUGAUGUAGACGCCAUCAGAUGCAGACAGACAUGUAAAAGACACCAUGCAGACUUUGCAUCUUGGAAACAGUGAGUUUUGCUAAUGACAUGAUUGUCGACAGCGCACGAUAGACAGCUUUCAGGCUCAUUUGAAUCCUUGUUGGUGGAGGCGUAGACAGAAAGCUUAAUUAUUUAGCAAAGGAAUGGAAAAGCGCUAUCGUAGGCUGAUGUACCCGCUGAGAAUUCCCUUUCCCUGGGACAGAACAUGGGAGCACCACGGUUAUUUUCGCACACGUUGUGGUUCCACGAUGUUAUUUCGCACACAAUCUUCGCAGCUACUGAAUAUAACCUGGACAAGGCUAUGCGUAGCUCGAGCACAAAUUUAUUGCCGAAAUUGUAGAGAUAUGAGGUGAAUUCCAAGGAAAGCAUUCUCUGUCACGUGGAUUUGUUGUUAAGGUUUAUUCUCAAAGUAUUUCCGUCAACGGUUUUUUCCAACUAAGUAGUCAAGAACACAACCUUACACUGUUAUAACGAAUAACAUAAACUCAUACUUCUGCUAAGGAUUCGCGUCACUAAUUCCUUCCCCGUCCAUGCAUUAAAAAGGACCUGUAUACAAAAUUGGCCUCAAAGAGCCUCAAAAUUGAUCAAAAGUUAAGAACACAUUAAAAACAAGCUGAGGCUGAGCUUUUGUAAAGUUUUACUUUGAGCAACGUUUUAUCUCAAAAACGAGGAUUUUUUGCCAUGUAUGGGUGCUUUUUAUAAAUAAAUAUUCAAACUUUUCGGCAAAUGCAGGUUGUCGCACUUUUUUUGCAAAUGAGGCCUGAACAUCUCCCUAAAGGGAAAAGGCUAGUAGUUGCACUGCUUACGCCCUAUUAAUUCAAGAACAAAUGAAGAUCAAUCAACAGGACCUCUCUGAAAAACACUCCGAUGAUGAGAGCUUCCUGUUUAAACAUUGUUGUUAUUAUUAUUUUUAUUAUUAUUUUUAUUAUUAUUAUUAUAUAUUAUUAUUAUUAUUUUAAUCCGGAAUUACAUCCUUUUUAACUUUAGUUGUUUAAUUUUUUUUUUCUCAGUUUUUCCUUUUACCUUACGA